CCAGGGCGGACCCUCCGACACGGACCCUCCGUGCGCUCUCAGCGGGGAUCGUCUCGGUUUUUCCGCGGUGUUGUCGUCGUGAAAAUGAAAACAUGAAGAAGUGAGGAGUGUGAUCGGGUCGCAGCGCUGAUUUCUCACUCCUGCUCCCCGGCGGCUUCUGGACGAGGAUGAGGGAUCUUCACGCCAUUGACGGCUUGCUCUUGAAGGAGCUGAAGUCCUGCUGUGCCAAGGAGUACAACUUUCUUCCCAGAGAGACUGGCCUGAAGCUGAUGGAGUCGGCCUCCACAGAGAAACCCAGUGGAGUGUCUGCUAAAUGCAGAGACACCCGAGUGGAGGAGCUGUGGGGCCUGACCAGUUUCUUUGGCUACAGCACCCACACUUUUGUUCAAGCUGUCAAUUUGCUUGACAGAUUCCUCGCCAUCAUGAAGGUUCAGCCCAAACACUUGCCCUGUAUUGGAGUCUGCUGUCUUCACAUUGCAUCCAAAAUGGUGGAGGAGGAGAGCAAUGUCUCACCCACACACGAACUCAUUCGCAUCAGCCAAAGCAAGUUCACUGUGUCAGACCUCUGUCGCAUGGAGAAGAUCAUCUCCGAGAAGCUCAGUGUGGAGUCCAACGCAGUGACAGCCUUAACCUUUCUACACCUCUACUACUCGGCCUUCACAACCCUGUCUGCUGGAAGGGAGGAGAUCCCAAGCAUUGGGAGCCUGGAAGCCCAGCUAAAAGCCUGCUUAUGCCAACUUGUUUUCUCUAAAGCAAAAUCAUCAGUGCUGGCGCUGUCGCUCAUUGCUCAGGAGUUCGAAGCCCUCCAGUCCACUGCCUUGUCAAAGAUUGUCCAGCAAUUCCAAAGACAUCUAAAGAUUAGUGACAGCGAGCUGCUCCACUGGAAGGAGCUUGUCGCCAAGUGCAUGACCGAGUACCACUCGAGUGAAUGUAACAAACCAGACAACAAGAAGCUGGUUUGGAUUGUGUCCAGAAGAACCGCACAAAAUCUUCAGGCCAAUCACUUCAGUGUCCCUGGUCUGCCAACUAUUCCUGAGGGCAGCUGGGAUGAGAGUGAGAGUGAGGACUCCUGUGAGGACAUGAGCGGCGGAGAAGACACUCCGUUCGGCUCGCCAGGAAGUGACGGCGAAGGAGCCUUCUUCCCCUCUUCCUUUCCCAAAUGCAGAAAGUGACGAGUCCUCAAUUUGCAAUUGCGCCGAAAGUGUCAAUCACCUAAACAGUAGCUAAUUUAAGGGGCUCACCAUGGUCCAGAGCAAACCUGUGUAUCACGUGUCAUAAUAUAUGUAAAAACAUGUGUGCCAGGUUUUGAUUAAGUGCCUGUGUUGAUUCAGUUUAUCGUUGGUUUGUUUAAUGCAUAAAGAAAACAUAUCCUAAUACUGCAAAAUGGAAAUGUGCAAUAUCUUGGCAGCUUGAUGGCAAAAACAUCUCAACAUCUUUUUCUAACACGUUUUCAUUUUGCUUGUGUCCGAAAUCGACACAUUCCAGGAAAAAGAGUGAAGCACAUGGAACAAUGUCAUCCCAGUUGAAUACCAGCUAACACACUCACUCACCCACUAUCUUUUUAAAUCAGUUUUUUAUACUCCAUGCCAUACGUAAACUGUGGAGAAAGUACUCGGCAAAUGUGUGUUUAUUUACGCACAUACACAAUUUUAAUGUGACAUUUCUGACAUUUCAGUAUUACAAUAUCAGACUGAUUAUGCAUGGAUACAUUGAUAUAAGUGAUUAUAAAUGGAUGUUCAUGUUUACCAAGAUAAGCUUACUGUAAAAAACGUUAAAAAAAAAAAUGUACAUAACUUGUAAAAAAGAAGAAAAAAAUGUAUGUUUUGUGAACACAGCUUAAUGUGUGUUGUACUUGGAUAUGUAAUGUGAAAUUUGUUGGAAAGGUCAGAAAGAAUCCAUCCAAAUAAACAUAUCGGUUUUUUUUUAUCUA